AUGGCAAGCACGACACCAAAGCGACUGAGUAGAAGUUUCCCGAUUUCGAGAAGCGAAACUGCACGGUCUGCUACUGCCUCCCCUCGUGUAUCUUCCUCUCUCAGUACUCGCCGUACCCCAACACCUGCAAAGCUCGCUGCCACCGCCGUUGUCAAUGGCAGCACCAAUGAGUCCCUCAAAGAAGACAUUGAACGUAUAGAACAGCUGCGAUUACAACUUCAAGACAGGGACCAAACCAUAACAUCCCUGUCUACAGAAAAUGACAACCUUACCUCGGCCCUACACACGGCGGAGACUAGGCUGAAUGAACUCUACGCAGAACAAAGCCGCUCCGAAAUGGAGUUAUCUCAACGUAUAGAACUUGCUGAGAAGUUCAGAUCUCAGGUCCAUGAACUCGAGAAGGAAAAGAGGGAUGUGUUGCGGAGGUACAACGCACAGAUGACUACCUUUGAUGCUGAACGUCAAGCGUUUUAUGAUAACGAACAACACCUUAAAUCGCGUAUCCAGUCACUUACUCAAACCCGUCGUAAACAACCCGAGCCUUCAAUCAUUUCCGAGGCUGAAUCGGAAACCGAAGUUGAAGAGGAGGAAAAGAAUCCAACUAUUGUUGAAUCGAUAAAACAAGAUAUCAACGAUCCAGAACAAGAGCCCGCAGAGAUUACAUCUUUGAAGCUAGAACUUUCCACUCUUUCCACCUCAUAUACCUCUCUUCAAAGCACCCUUGUUCUCUUACAAAGCCAGCUUGUUGACCUCAAAAGGGUCAACCAUGAACUACAAGAAGAGAACGAGAGCUAUAUGAUACUUCUCAGAGAGAAAACACUCAGUGGCCAAUACGACGUUAUGAAACAAAUGAGGACGUCAUCCACUUACGAUGAAGACGGCGAUGAUGAUGAUGUUAGUCUAGAGAGUACAGGCAGAAGCACACUCGACAGAGUGGAAGAGGAAGUAGAGGACAAUCUGGGACAAGAGCUGAGAGAUGUUCAAGAUUCCGAUUCCGUCUCUUCCAGGCAUGGUCGCUCGCGAAAAGGGCAAGGUAGGAAACGCGGACAAUCUACUUCCCACUCCCCAAGUUCUUGCAAAGGAGAAUCACUUGCGGGCUUACCUAUCACAGGUCCAGGCCUUGACCUGGCAGCUGAACUUGGUCGCGCCGAGAAUAAAGAUAUCGUUGAAGGAAAUGCCGUGGACGAUCGUGACCGUUCUGUCCUCAGCAAGAGCAAACGGUCAAAGAAGGAUUCUGGGACAACCGGCGAAGGACUUGAGUCGAGUCCUUCCAUGAACGACUUGGAGUCUCUUCGGUCGGAAGUUAAGGCCCUCAAAGACGCCAACAAAGCUCUUUCAUUAUAUGCCUCCAAGAUCAUUGAUCGAAUUAUCGCGCAAGAAGGCUUUGAACACGUUUUAGCGGUUGAUUAUGACAAAGAACCACCUACACCCUCGACCGCCACUCCCAAGUCCCCAAUGCAACCAACACUAUCGAAACCCCGUCGCCACUCCGUCAUGGCACCCUCACCAGUAACACCGACCGUUAGUGAUUCUUCACAAGUUAAUAGUCCUUCUGUUCCGAAACUGGGCACACCGGUUGCACCAACUCCUAGUUCAAAAGCACAACGCCGAUCUCUCUCCUUCGAUUGGAAGAGUUUCUCAAUAUUCAACAUAGAAAAGAAACCCGAUCCGAAUCUUCGCCCACUAACACUCAAACCGGGAGCAAGUCCUGUUACAGGAGCGAGGAAGUUGGAAACCCAAGAGGACGAUGAAGAUCGUAAGGAGAGAGAACGUUUGAAUGCUACAAUGAAAUUGAUGGGUAUCCAGCCCAAUCCUGCAACACCACCAAUUAUCCAGAAAUCCUUUUCUUCUCCUGGGCCUGCACCUGCACCCUCCGUCAACCGACGCUUUUCCUUGUUUGGCCCGAGAGUGACCAGCCCUCCAGCAUCCGAUAGCUCCUCCCUGCACUCCACCCACUCGUCGAAUAGCGGAAUUCCUGCUGGACUCGGCAUCAAAGGCGUGGGGUUGACCCAGGAGGCCUUGGAGCAAGCCGAGGCCCAGAACACGCUAGCAGCAUUGGACGCUCAUGAGAAAAGCCUCAGUGCUGAGAUCGCUAAGGGAUCGGGUAGCGGAUUCACAGAGAUAACUCGUCGUAGCCGUAAAGGACGACAGAGUGGCGGGGGAAGCGGUAGCGGCAGCACCGUGUGGAGUGCGGGCAUGAGCGGGACGGGUGAAGAUGACUAG